GAACCACCUUAUCUCACACCUUCAAAUAUUAAGUGAGUGAGUUCAAUAAUAACACUAGAAAAUGAAUUCCAAAGCAGUUGUUUUGAUCGGACUUUUGGCCAUCUUCCUCCUCGCCUUUGUUUCUCAUUCGGCCGCCAAGGAUUUGGCUGAAACCAAGGAUCAGUACGGAGGAGGAUAUAAUGGCGGCGGCGGUAACGGAGGGUAUAAUGGCGGUGGCGGUAACGGAGGGUAUAAUGGCGGCGGUGGUCGCGGAGGGUAUAAUGGCGGCGGCGGUCGCGGAGGAGGCGGGUAUAAUGGCGGCGGCGGUCACGGAGGAGGAGGAUAUAAUGGCGGCGGUCGCAGUGGAGGAUGUCGGUACGGGUGUUGCUACAGAGGUUACCGUGGUUGUAACAGGUGUUGUUCUUACCUAGGAGAGGCGGUACAAGCUGAUGUUGGUGGAGCCAAGCCUUGAAGGUUGAGCCGAGUGGCGAGCUAGCUAGCCGCUAGCAAAAACUAUGUAAUAAUAAUUAUGAAUGAAUAAGAUAAGGCAUUCAUGGUUGUGUGUGUAAAAGUUCAUGUUUUUAUAUAUGUAUAAUAAUAAUAUGAUGCCACUGCCACCACUGUUUUAUUA